AUGGCCGUACAACUGGAAGUCGACAAGAAAGCCUCCAUGACUGAGUUCCAGCAUUUGCGUAAACUCAAGGCGCAGGCUCAACUUUCGAAGAAGCCUUCGAAGUGCAUGAUCAGGUACAGCUCAGGCCUCCGCUUGUACUGGGACUGCUGGAUCAUCCUGCUUGCAAUCUGGAACUCCUUGUAUAUUCCGUAUGACAUUGCAUUCCAGCCUCCGCUCUCAAGCAGCAUUCUGGUGGUUGUGCUCAAUGCUCUGAUCGACUUCAACUUCUUGAUCGAUAUUUUCCUGACUUUCAGGACGACCUACUACGACGUCGAUGGCGAGGAAGUGUUCGAAGCAAAGAAAAUUGCCAAGAAAUAUCUCUUCGGUAGAUUCUCUGUUGAUCUGAUUUCUACAGUUCCGCUUGACAGCUUAGGCAACCUUCCUGUUCUGCAGACGUUUCAGCUGCUGAAGCUGUUCAGACUGUCAAGGAUCUCGAAGAUCAUCAAGAACUUGCCGAUGAAGGAAGACAUCAAAGUAAUGAUCAAAGUUCUGAACCUGGUCUUUAUGCUUUUCAUUUACAUUCACUGCAUUGCCUGAUUGGAUUUCUUAAUCGUGAAUUCGUACAAGAACUGGUGCCCUCCUUUGUGGUACUACAGCUGUGAUAAUAAUGAUCUAUAUACAAGCAGCAAUCUUAGGCAAUAUGCAAUCAGUUUGUAUAUCUCAAUUUUGCUAUUUGGAGGGAACGAAAUUGGAGGAACCAAUGAAGCAGAACUCGCCUUUACAGGAAUGGUUAUGUUAUUUUCUGCUAUUGUAAAUGCACUUAUUUUUGGAGAAAUGGCAGUUCUUGUUGAAGCAAUAAGCCGAAGAGAAACUGAGUUUCAGGAGAAGAUAGAUACCACAAAUUCUGCUUUAAAAAAUUUAUGAUUUCCUCUCCACUCAAAAUCUAGCUCUAUCUUUAGCUGUAGGAAGCUGAGGUCUCAAGGCAAUGACGAUCCUUCCACAAAUAAAGAUAUAUGAAAUAAAUAUAACAGAUCAGACACUCUCCAGGAAGAGGUUAGGGACUUCUUGAUUUAUACUCAAGGGACUCUUGAACAACAGGAAGAAAUGGCCCAGUUCUUCGAAGUUCUCUCUUCUAGCCUCAAGAUGGAGGUUAGUCAGCAAAUCUUUGAAAGCGUAGCCAGGAAUAAUAAUAUAUAAUCAUGAACCUUGUUACUGAUGCACUUGAUGAAUAUUCCAAGACCUUGUUUAACAUUAAUAAUAUAGCAGAUAAGGAAAGAGCAUUAUUUAAUAAGGAGAGAGAAAUCAUCCAGAGCUUUGUCAAAUACCUUACCGUUGAGCUAAAGAGUCCUGAAGACACUAUCAUUACUCAGAACUCCAAAACUAGAGAUAUGUAUUAUGUCGCUAAUGGAGUAUGAUGAGUCACUGUUACGGACUAUGAGAAGAAGGUUAAUACUGUCAGACAUUUACUCCCAGGUAAUCAUUUCGGAGAAAUUGGGAUGAUAUAUGGCACUCCAAGAACUGCUUCUGUAUUCUCAAAAUAAUUAUUGUACCUUAGCAAAAAUGACGGUCGAGGUGUUUAAUGAGGUUAUAACAGAUUAUCCAUUCUUAGUUACAGCACUUAAAGAGCACAUUUACACUGUAUAUGAUGACCCGAUGACAUCAUUCUGCUUUUCAACUCUUGAAAGGAUACCUUACUUCCAAGGCGUAGGAAAUGAAGCAAUCUAUGAUGCAAUCUACACAUUAACCAAAAGAUUUUGCAAAAAGGGUGAAAUUAUCCAGAAAGUAGAUGAAGAAGCCACGACAAUGUACAUCCUCAUUAAUGGGAUUGUAGAGAUCUACACUCAAUUUGAGGGAAAUAAUUUUGUACUAGAGAGGCUUUGGAAAGGAUCAGUUAUAAAUUACCGAACUUUUUGGGUUAAAAAUGAUAUAUUCCUAACCCCAAUGAGUCAGAGGAAGACCUCUGCUCAAGAAUAUAAAUCCCAGGUCUCCAUUCGCUGAAUGACAAAGAGCAUUCUCUUAGAGCUGAAGUACAAUGAAAUGAUGACUCUGGUCAAAAGUAACGAAGAAUUAGAGAAGAAAUUCCUCAAGUUCCAGAAACAAUUUUUCCUGGAGAAAUAAGUCAUAUCCACUGGAUUAUGUCAUGAACUUACCAGAGAGCCAUUUCGGUCAAGAAGAUAUAGAAGAAAAAUAUGCAGCUAUCAAGAGAGAGAACAUCUUCAAGAAUGUAGUGAUGAGAAGGAUCAAAGAGAUAAAGGAACUCAAGGCCAAACCCAAGAUCUUACAACAUCUAGAGGGCAAGAAAAUCUCAGAUUGGAAAGCCAAAAUUCAAGCCAAGAGGAGGAUCCAAGUUACAAAAGAAAUAGAAACAGCCCAACAGUUUCAAGGGGAAGAAACCGACAAGUUUGCAAGGUUAGUCGCUAAACUUGAGAGAACCAUCAAAGCUGUUACUGCUGACAAUAUUGUCCUGGAUAACAUUGAAGAGAAGAUCAUUGAGAUCUCAAAUACCCAUGCUGCUUAUACCAAGCAGCAAAAUCAUUUACAAGUUAGCAAGAAAUCUAGGGGUGACGGUAAACCUACUAGAACCAAAAUACAAGCUUUUGAAAGAAUCAAAGAUGAAGAGUACGGGGUGAAGAACCUUAUUGAUGGCAUUGAUAUUACAAAUCAAGAGAAAGAAGAGCUUGAGUUCUCUUUCUCCAGCCAGUCUUCAAUACCUUAA